GGCAUGCUAAGCCUCUAUAUCCUUGAAAGGUUGCAUCCUUCGUUACAUACCUACUAAGCCUACGUGGGCACAGCGGGCUACAAGCCCUGAAGCCUCCUCUCCAAAUAGGGCGGAGUAGGUCCUGUUUGUCGGAUGUGCCAAAUUUAAUUAUUUGGUUUCACGUCAUCUAAUUGCUUGUUACCCAUGAGAUUGCAACACAAACGGCUGUUUUCAAGACCAUAAAACUCCUCUCCCCCCAACCGAUCUCUUCCUACAAGCGCUUCUGAGGAUCCAAUUAAGAAAGUGUAGUCCAAUUUUGAAAUUUGACAAGUUAUCAAAGAUUUAUAUUUGAGGGAAAUAAAGAUGUCGACUUCUUUUGAUGGUCCAUACCCACCGAAUCCACAACAAAGAUCAUCAUCCCGCUGGCCAUCUGCACCAGGAGUUUAUGUCAACGUAGAGUUCAGAGUCUCGACGUCUGAGAAUGAUAAGGGACAUGGGGCAUCGUUGAGGUACGCAUCAAGGAAUGUGAAGGAAAGGGAAAGAGCAAGAGCAAAUACACAUUUGGGUGGCAAACCAAUACCAUCGAUAUUGACUCCUGGUCAUCCUCAAACCAACAAUCCAUCUCGCUAUCAGCAAAAACUACAGCAACAGCGAGAUCUAAAUCGAGGGUUAAGUAUCGGUGUGGAAACACCAGGGAGAGGGAGAUCUGCACCACCGACGAUGAACGAUAGAACUCAGCCAAUUAGUCCAGUCAGUCCUGUUAGCCCCAUGAGUGCUGUUGGCAGUCCAAUACAACACCGAAUAGUGAAUCUGCCUCGUCAAAAUAUUAUGGAUCGAUUAGACCGACCUUUGCCAUCAACACCAGGACGAUUUCGUCUUGGCGAAGAUGACUUACCAUGGUCAACACCUCCUUCGUAUUGGAACGCCGAACCAGAUACAUCAGAAAGUGUCGGUCCUACACUUACCAGUAUCGAGACCUUUCAGCCAUAUCAACCAUCCCCAAAUACUGCCAGACGAACCGAGGAUCCUAAAAGAGUUCAAGACUUGUCGGAACUUCAACAGGCUAUGAUGACGGUGGAUAGUAUUGACAAUGAUGUAUGGGAUCCGUGGAUGUGGGAUAGUGUAGGAGACUUGCCUAGAGGGCCAAGGAGUAUUGGUUGGGCAGUAAGUUCGAACGAUGCAUCUAGCUCACUGGCCUCGCCGCCACUGAAUACUCCUCCUCCUCCGCCUUACGUUGUUAGUCAGUGGGAAAGUGCUUGUCAGAAAAGAACCACGACUAUGAGGCCUAGAAGUACUGGCUGAGGAUCAAAAUUGAAAUCGAUAAAAAGUUUGUGGAAUAGAUCCAUAGGACAGUCAGGCGGGCUCAGGGAACUUUUCUGGCGUGGGUUCUAUCAUCCUUUUACGAAAUUUCUACAAGAAUCUAGGGGAAAUGCUCAAAAAUCAAUGGAAGACUUGCUCUGUGUAGCAAUUGUGAAGACAUCAAUACGCCCGGCACAACCAGAUUCCGCACAAAAGCUACAUAUCAGAAAAAUAUAUCGAUGAGCAUGGAAUAAACGUUGGGUUCAAAUUCAUUGCCCACUUACUGAAAGCAUUUCGGAUCCGAAGAUUGCCACUCGCAGCUCGCCUGCCUCACUGUCGUUACAAAACGCGGUCUGAAAGCCUUCUAGUUUAUUCAGUCUUGCUCCACUCGCAUACACGAAUUCGUUCUCAACACAAAGUUUGGAUCAUAUCAAAAAUAUAGCGGAGCGCAAUUGGGCCUCAAAUUUUCCAAUUAAACGAGGCGAAAACAUCGGAUUACCGGAAUGAAGGCAGGAGUACAAAAACUACGAAUAACCGGGGUAAAAGCGGAUACCCUCACAUGAGCUAGUACAUUUACGGGACAUAUUUGACGUCAAAUAUCAAGCUUGACUAAACUUGGAGAUCCAGGGAAGAGCUUUGAUCAGAGGGAAGAUCUUGCACAGGAAUGGAAUGCAGCUAGAAUGUAGCUAGAAUUAGGUAGCCAAAUUCUUUUCAAUUGAUAGCUUGAAACACAAUUUUUGCA